AUGUCAGCCCUACGGAUUCUUGUCCCCGUGAAGCGGGUUAUUGAUUAUGCUGUCAAGCCCCGAGUUAAUAAGUCCCAGACGGGCGUCGAAAAGGCCGGCGUCAAGCACUCCAUGAACCCAUUCGACGAGCUUUCGGUCGAAGAAUCAGUGCGCAUCCGAGAGAAGAAGCGUGCACCUGGCGGUGUCGAGGAUAUCUGUGUCAUCUCAGCUGGCCCACCCAAGGCGCAAGAUGUGCUGCGAACAGCCAUGGCAAUGGGCGCAGACCGGGGAAUCCAUGUUGAACUGAAGGAGGGUGAGGAGAUUGAGCCUUUGACGGUAGCCAAGAUGCUCCAGAAGGCCGUGGAACAGCAGAAGAGCAACUUGGUGGUUCUUGGCAAGCAGAGCAUCGACGACGAUGCCAACCAGACAGGUCAGAUGCUGGCAGGUCUCUUGGGAUGGCCGCAGGCUACACAGGCAAGCAAGGUCGAGUUCGGCGCCAAUGACGAGGUUACUGUUACAAAGGAAGUGGACGGUGGUGUCGAGACUGUGCGCGCCAAGCUGCCCAUGGUCAUCACCACAGAUCUUCGACUUAACGAGCCUCGAUACGCAAGUCUGCCUAACAUCAUGAAGGCCAAGAAGAAGAAGUUGGAGAAGACAAAGCUCGAGGACUUUGGUCUGGAUGGAUUGAAUCGUCUCAAGACGAUCAAGGUUAUUGAGCCUCCUGCUCGACAGGGUGGUGGUAAGGUGGAGGAUGUCGGUGGCCUGGUUAGCAAGCUUAAGGAGCUUGGUGCUUUGUAA